AUGUCCACCCACGCCGUUAUUGGUAAGCCCGCCCCCGACUUUGACGAGGAGGCCGUCCUCGGUCAGGACUUCACCCGCGUCAAGCUCUCCGACUUCAAUGGCAAGUACUUGGUGCUUUUCUUCUACCCGCUCGACUUCACCUUCGUGUGCCCCACUGAGAUCCUUGCCUUCAGCGACCGCGCGGACGAAUUCCGCAAGAUCAACACCGAAGUGGUCGGCGUGUCCGUCGAUUCCAAGUACUCGCAUCUGGCCUGGAUCAACACCCCGCGCAAGCAGGGUGGCCUCGGUGGCGCCCUUAAGAUUCCUCUCGUGGCCGAUCUUACCAAGAGCAUUUCGCGCAAGUACAACGUUCUGAUGGAAGAGGCCGGACACACCUACCGUGGUCUCUUCAUUAUCAAUCCUAAGGGCGUGCUCGUUCAAGCCACCCUGAACGACGCUCCUGUCGGUCGCAGCGUCGACGAGACUCUUCGCCUCGUGCAGGCCUUCCAGUACGUUGACGAGCAUGGCGAGGUCUGCCCUGUCAACUGGACGCCUGGCUCGGCCACCAUGAAGGCCGACCCCAAGGAGUCGCUCGCCUACUUCGAGAAGGUCAACCAGUAG